AAUCUUGUCAAGGGCUGAGGUGAUGUUGGUGGCGGUGGUGAUGGGGUGUACAACAGAGCGCCAGCAGGACGUCCAGUUCGGACCGGUGGGUUUUGUGCACCGACAACAGCUCUUUAGGAUCGUUGAGUUUAUAUGGUUACCGCAAAUGCCGGCCACCACGAAAGAGCAGCCCGGCUGGUAUACGCCGAAGCGCCUUCUCGCUCUUUUUUGCGUCCAGCUCCUACUCACCUGGUUGGACCUGGGCAUUUUCGCGAGUAAUUAUGUCACGGGCGAUGAUGACUCGGGCCAGCCGCAGGGCGUCAAGGCGGAGUUCGGGCUGAGCGGCUUCCAGCUGGGGCUGCUGCCGGCGCUGUACGCGGUGGGGCUGGUGGUGGCGGGCUUCGGCUUCGCGGCUGCGGCCCGGCGCGCCAACGCCCUCCGGCUCAUGGGCCUGGGCAUGGCGGUGUGGGCGGCGGGCGCGGCGCUGACGGGCGCCGCACGCAGCUACGGCGCACUGGUGGUGGCCAGGACCCUCGUGGGAUGCGGCGAGGCCCCGCUGCUGACCCUGACCUUCACGUUCGUGGACGACGUGGCGCCGCCCGCCGCCAAGACCCUGUGGUUCGGGGUGCUGGGCGUGUUCCCCACACUGGGCGUGGCGGCGGGAUUCGUGGCGGCCGAGCCCCUGGUGGCGGGGCUGGGCGGCUGGCGGGGGCCCUUCUACCUCGAGGCUGGGCUGGCUGUGCCGCUGGUGCUGUUCUGCCUGCUCAUGCCGCCCGUGCAUCUGGAACUGGAGGAGGGGGAGGAGGGGGAGGAGGGGAAGGAGGGGGAGGGCGGCAUUGGGGGAGCGGCGGCAGCAGAGGCGGUGACGCCCGGCAGGGCCGCAAGCCGAGUCGGCAGUGCAGGCGCAGGUGCAGGCGGGGGCGGGGGCGGGGGCGGGGGCGGGAGAGAGGGGUCUGGAGGUGACGGCGGAGGAGGCGGAGGCGGAGGCGGAGGCAGCUACCGCCCGCUAGACGGCGGGCCACCAGCUGCGUCGUUGGCGUCGGCGUCGGCUGCUGCCGCUGGCGCUGUCAGCCCGAGUGACUGCGACCCCCACCACGGUGCACUGCUGCGGCACCGGCUUUCGGCCCUGGAUGUCACGCACGGGACAGCAGCAGCAGGGGCGGCAGGCAGCGGCGGUGGCGGCGGUGGCGGCGGCAGAGGGAUGGGUGACGGCGACAUGCGCACUCCGCUGACGGCGGGUCUGGAGCUGUCGUCCUCAGACGCCGCUCGCGCCCCGGCCUCAGGGCCACACCCAGCCGCCUCGUCACCCGGCCACAGCCGCCGCCGCAGCGCCCGCACGCCGCCGCCGCAACCCCCGCUGCACCCGUCGCCGGCCAGGUCUGCUGCUGCCGGUGGCGGCACUGCCGGCAGCCCCAGCACAGCGCUGUCGCCGCAUGCGCCGCUGGCCCUGGGCGCCUACGUGCCGCCCCACCCGCACCCGCACCCAGGGGCGCACCCGCACUCAGCAGCGAACCCAGGGGCGGACCCAGGGGCGGCUGCGGCGGCGGCGGCUGCGGCUGGAAUCGACGUGGCGGACAACGGGGUGGCGUACGAGCCGGACGCAGGGCGGCCCGGCGUCAGCGGCAGGAGCGGCGGCCAGGCCGGGGCGAGGGGGGCGGGCGGCGGCGAGCGGCGCGGGCUGGCGGCGGCGGGUGCGUGGCUGCGGGGCUCCUGCGCCGACUGCGGGGCGCUGCUGGCGCACCCGGCGGCGUGCCUGAACAACUUGGGCUACGCGCCGGUGCAGUGGGUGCUGGGCAUGCUCACGUUCUGCCUGAGCGGCUCGGGUCCGGAGCUGGUGCUGGGCGCCAUCACGGUGGUGUCGGGCGUGGUGGGCACACUGGCGGGAGGCUGGGCUCUGGACCGCGCCGGCUCCUCCCUGCGCAACGGCUUUGCGCUGCAGGCCGCCACCACCGCCGCGGCGCUGCUGCUGCUGGAGGUGGCCUUCCUGGCCGUGUACAGCUACCCGCUGUUCUGUGUGCUGCUGGCUCUGGGGCUGCUGUGCCUGUUCAUGUCGCAGGCGCCCUCCUACGCGCUGUCCAUGUGGUGUGUGCCGCUGCACCUCAGGCCGCUGUCGCAGGCCGCCAUCAUCCUGCUGCAGCACCUGCUGGGCGACGUGCCCUCCCCGCCCGUGGCCGGCGGCCUGCACGACGCCACUGGCAGCUGGCGCACCGCACUGGCCGCCGCCACCAGCUACCUGGGGGCGGCGGUGGCGCUGUUCGGCGCGGGGGCGGCGCUGGCGGCGGCGGGGCGGGCGGCGGACUUCAGGCGGGAGCUGGCGGUGGAGGGAGAGGGAGGGAGCGGGCGGGGGGAAGGGAGGGAGAGGGAGGGGGGUAGAGCGGGCGGGCAGGCGGGGGAGUGGGUGGUGCUGGAGAUGCCGCAAGGGCAGCAGUCGCCGCGGGCCCGCAGCGCGCGGCGAGGAUACGGCGAUAGCGAUGCCUGAUGUUGCCUUAGCCCCCACGUAUGUAGUUUGUGUUGACCAGCUUCCAGCGACGUACCCAUGUCCCAUGUUUGCAGACAUUGGUGUCAGAGACAGAACUGUCAACAGCUGGGGGGACGACGUCCCGCAGCCCACAUGCGACCCAUGACCGCAUGACGACCCUGUCUUAAGCGCUUGUCGGAUUGCGACACUCGUGUUGACCGCUGACGAUGGCACUACAUGCUAUCCCUGAGUUAGUCCGAGGUUCAAGAUGGCCAUUGGCGGGUGAUGAGGUGUGGCGUAGGGCGUUUGUGGGCGUGGGGCGUCAGGUGCGUCCGAUGGUGUGCCCGAGUGCCUGAGGCCGGACCUGCGGCACGGCCGCACGUCGUGGCUCAGAAAUGUCGGCCUGAUGCACACCCUGCGGCAGCACCGCAUGUGCAGCAGGGCAGGUUCAAAGGCGAAUGUCUGCCCCGUCAAUCGACUCGUGAAAUCGUGUCUCGCUCCGGCUCUGAUUCUGACCCGCCGCCUACUGCGAUCAACAGGCCUUACUGCAACUGUGACAGCGUCUCCGGCCUGUACGGUAGUACGUCAUGAGCUUUGCCAGAGAUAGUCUAAGCUCAAAGAUGGCUGUUGGUAAUGAGGUGUGGUGUACACCCCGCCACUGACCACAAUGGGUCACGAACACAAAUGGCGAAGGCGGUCCCGUCAC